GGCUGUAUCCGAACGAUAUAAACAUGUGACUUUGACAUUGACAAACCACACGUUCCAAAACUCAUGCAAGUAUAAUGCCUAUCAUUCACAAUAAUACAAUUAUUUCAUUUUAUCUUUAAUAUAUAAUUUUCGUCAUAAAACUUUACAUAACUGAAAUAAUAAACAAAAUUGUAGAUUAUAAGUAUCCUCAGCUGUUUUAAGUACACUUACAGAAGUUAAGAUUCGUUUUGAGAAGGAUUUCACGGCUUAUGUAAUAAAGUAAAUGCGUUUUAGAACGGAACACCAUCCUUCAAGAGUGUUGAUAAAAAUAAUCUAAUUAUUUUACAAUAAUUUCGGGAGGAAAUCCAAAAUAAAUAAUUAUGUGAAUGGCCUAUGACACUAUGGAUGACAAUAUACCGCACUCUUUGGGCUAUACGACUAAAACAGCACUUAUAAAACUUCGUGAUGAUAUACGUAAUGUUAUAGAAGAACAUAAAAAGAAAAAUCCUACCGGGUUCAGUUUGGUACGAAAUAUAAUAUCAUUUUCAUCAGAGAAAGUAUUGUUAUCAGGUGUUGCUUACACGAUAACAUUAAUAUACAUUGUCUGCUUGAUACUCACCUAUCUGCUUGGGGAAUCUGUACAAGCCCAUGCAUAUUUGCUGUGGGAGGCAUUUUUCUUAUUUGUUAUAUUGUUAGUAAACUUUUUGGUGGCGUUUAACGAAGAGUAUUUAUACAGGAACGAAAUACCUCAUAGAGUAAGGAAAGUCUUAGAAACAUUGGACGAAGCUGUAGAGAAUUCCAAAUGGAAGGAGAAUCACUAUCCACAUUUAUGUGCUCCAUUCUCCCCGUGUGUUAUUCUACAAUGGACAUAUAGAGAUUCUACUAUAGUAAACCUUCCAUGGGCCUUGCUUGUGGAAGGAGAUGUGAUAGUGCUGAGGCCAGGUCAGGAGGUGCCAGGCCACUGCCGAGGGUUGCAGCCAGAGGACCCUGAACAGUUCUUUGGACAGAUCUUCCAGCCUACAACACCACAAAAGAGCAACUUGAGUACCCCCCGCAUAAGGACACCGCAUCAGAAUAAAGCUUAUCGCAUGUGCGAGACUCCUUAUCUGAAGAACUUGAAGCUGGCGCUUGAACAAGCUACUAUAAGGCCGGUGACUGUCUUUGAGAAGCAAAGAUACUUGUGUACAGUAAAAAUAAUGGAAGGUAUAGUCCUACCGCUAGUGAUCUCAGUGGUAGUGAUCGCUAGCUUCGUGCGCCACGUGUACCACCUGCCCGGCGUCACGCACUGGACCGAGAUAUACUUCCUGCAGACGAUAGCUGCCUCACUGCCGCUGUUACAAAUCGUGUUCCCCAUCGCCUGGGUCACGCUUAACUGUUACGGCCUAGCUAGAUUUAAACUAUUAUCAGAAACUCGUCAGAAAUAUGUGCGACCUAAGUCUUGUUCUAUAUCGGAGGAGGCCAGUGACCCUUUAAUACAAGUUAUGAGCGAGUCCAACCUUCAGCCGGAGAGCCUCAAGUCUUUAGGGAGGACCUUCUUCAACAUACUGACUGGUAGAGAGGAUAUGGUCUGCAGAACUGCUAAUAUUGUGCAUGUCUUGGGAUCCCUGUCGGCGUUAAGCUGCGUUGACAAAAAGGGUAUUCUCUCGUGGCCAAACCCUACUGCUGAGAAAGUCUUCUUUCUGCGGAACUCUAGCCCGUCGUCCCACAACUCGAGCAAGACGAGCCUCGUGGGAUCAAUGGGACAUAACAGCGACGAACAACUAGACCCACCCACUGAUGGGAAACAAACGGCUGAACCAUCAACUAUUGUUGAGGUACUGGACCUGACGCACGACCAGAACGCCCCGUUCUGCGUGGAGUUCGACGACCAGCGCUGGCGCGCGCACCUGGCCCGCCUCAAGCCGCUGGGGCUGGCCGCGCUGCUCAACACGUGCGCGCCCGCGCCCCGGCACACGUACGCGCACUUCUGCGCGCAUCUCACCUGCGAGGCGCAGUAUAGUGAAGACUUAGUACCCGUGACAAAUAGAAGGUGUCUAUGCGAGCUCGCGAAGCAGAUCGGCUUUACCGACGCUGUGACUGAGAAUUACAAGGUCCAAGAGUGCCUCGCGAUAUUUAGACAUUUGCAAGCAGACACAAUACGUCGUGAAACACGCUUCGUCCGCUCGCUACAGCUGAGUACGAGAGUCAAAGUCCCCCUGCCUCACAUGUUGGCUGUCGUGGUCAAAGAUCAAGCGAAUCAGCUGCAGAUGUUAACACAGGGCACAGCAGACAUUAUCCUGGACUCUUGCGUGGACUACUGGAACGGUCGGGACCUGACGCCGAUCUCGCCGGCCGACAGGAAGAAGAUCAUCGACUUCUACCAGAGGAACUCGCUCACAGCUUACUGUACUGCCUUCGCCUAUAAGCCGCUGACGCGCGGCAUCGCGGCGCCGCUGUCGUCGCUGUACCUGGAGCUGCCGGCGGACAGCCGCCAGCUGUACGCGCCGCUGUCGCAGCACUGGGCCGACGCGCCCGCGCUGCACUUCCACUCCACCGAUUCCCUCUUGUUCAACGAGGUAACUGAUGACGAUGUUAAAGAUGCUGACGGCUUCUUCGAUAUGCAGUGUAAUCAGGUUUUCAUCGGCAUGGUAACAAUGCAGUACCAAGCUCAAAGUGACAUGGUGGAACUGAUAGAACGUCUAGAGCGCGCCUGUAUUCGCUUCGUCCACUUCAGCAAAGAGAACGAGCUUCGAUCGAGAGUGUUCAGCGAGAAGAUGGGUCUGGAGUCUGGGUGGAACUGUCACAUCUCACUCAUCAGUGAAGAAAACGCCAGCAAGAGCGCGUCCCCACUGUCGUCGCAAACCUUGGCCCAGGGCAAGGAGCGCGCGACGUCCCGCCUCAAUAGGCACAUCGAACCUUAUGACGUGGCCGCGCUCGGCUUGUACUAUAGCAACAACAUAGCGACUUCCAAAGCGAUAUCGAUGUCUGCGCCGGGAGCCAUCAACCUCGAUCACAGCACCGUCAAGUUUGACAGCGAGAUCAAAAAGGCCAGGCAUUCUAUUACCACGCACACUAAUCUAAAGUUGCAGCGCGGCAGUGUAUCCACCAGCCACCCUUCAGCAGACUCGCUACUUGACGACGACGAGGACGAGGGCGGGUCACCAGCGGACGCUUGCCGCUCGCUCUCCUGCCUCACAGACUCCACCGACCACUCCGCGCCAGUCAACUUCGAUAUGAGCAACAGGGCAAAGUUACCUCGAGGCAUCGAGAACAUUCGUCCGCACAUCGAGCAGGUGGACAAUGUGCCGCUGCUGGUGUCGCUGUUUACGGACUGUACGGCGCGCUCGGUGCAGCUCAUGAUACAGAUCAUGCAGGACUAUGGUGAAGUGGUUUGUGUUAUGGGGUCGGCAGCGAACUGCCUCAACAUGGAGAUUUUCAUGCAGGCUGAUGCAAGUAUAGCGGUAGAGCCCCUGUACCCAGUGUUGUGUCAGAAGAUGCCCCCGUACCAGGUGCCCGAGUCGUGCGUGGGUCCCAUCGACCUGGCGAGGGCUCUCAACUCCGUUCCUUGUUCAUUGUCUAUGACCCGCGACGCGGACGUGUCUCUGUUCACGCUGAUCACGAUGUCGCGCCACUACAUGACGUGCUUGUGGAACAGCACGCAGUUCUGGAUAUGCAGCGUCUGUUUCAUAGCAUUACUGCAGGUGGGGUCCCUGUGCGGGCUGCUGCCGCUGGUGGUGUCGGUGGGCGGCGCGGUGUGGGCGGGCGCGGGCUGCGUGCCGGCGCUGGCGGCGGCGCUCGCCUUCGCGCCGCUCGAGCCCGCGCUCAUGGCGCGCGCCGCCACGCGCCCGCAUCUCAUGCUCAACGCCAAGAUGGCGCUAUUCGUGUUCUGGUGCUAUGCGUUAAAGUUCCUACCGGCCGCUCUGUCGGUCCUAGUCCUGUACGCGUUUACAUUGCGUAGUUUCUGCGAGCAAAUAGCCGAGACGACCAACGCCACGACGUGUUGGAUGGUGUACCCUAUCAAUGUGGGCGAGUUCAACUCGACGCAUAACCUUACACAGCGCAGUUGGCACGGCUGGGGCGAUGACUUUUAUGACGGAUUUUAUCUGGCCCAGCAUAUUACACUGGCUCUUAUAACCAUGCAUUUAAUUGUGAUAUCAUUAUCAUUCAUCCAUCGACAAUCAUCUAUCUGGCAGAAGUGCUUCUGGACGAAUAAAGUUUGGUCUGUGACUGUUGUCGUUUUAAUGGCAGCACAGGUGUUGUUCAGCGGCGUAAUGUUGAGCAGUAGCUACGGUUACUGCGAGAAGUGGGACGUGUGCGGGCUGCGGUACCGCGUGCCCUGGCCGCUGGGCGUGGGCUACGCCGCCUCGCUAGUCGCCGUGUUCGCGCUCAACGAACUUAUCAAGUGGCAGGAGAUUAAGGCGGAUGGUCGUAACCAGCGUCGUGCACGUUUAGACUUCGGAACAAAACUGGGAAUGAAUUCGCCGUUCUAAUAGAUAUACACAUCUAGUCAAUUACGCUUUAGUUAAACUGUGAAUAUAAUCGUAUCGAGCCAUCGAGGCGUUUAUUUUGUAAGAGAAAUGACAUUGUACUUAGUACUAUUUUGUACUUAAUUUAUUUAUAUAAUGUUUUGAUGAUUUUAAAUAAACUGAUUAAUAAAUUA